AUGGAUUCCAAUGGAGGAGCAGUCUACUGCACGCUUCUACUGAGUGACAAUUAUCUUCCUGGUGCUAUGGUCCUUGCCCAUUCCCUACGCGACAAUGGUACAAGAGCGAGGUUGGUGGCGCUAUUUACGCCAGACAGACUACAAUCAAGCACCAUCGACGAGCUAAUGACCGCCUACGACGAGUUGAUCCCAGUGAGCUCAAUGGUAAACGAGACACCCGCGAACCUCUGGCUCAUGGACCGUCCAGACCUGAUUGCCACAUUCACCAAGAUUGAGCUCUGGCGCCUGACGCAAUACCAGCGGGUCGUAUACAUUGAUUGUGAUGUUGUAGCUCUCCGAGCCCCCGACGAGCUGUUGUCACUGGAAGCAGACUUUGCUGCCGCGCCUGAUGUUGGUUGGCCGGAUUGCUUUAAUAGUGGAAUGAUGGUUCUUCGACCUAAUCUGCACGACUAUUAUGCGCUAAGAGCACUCGCCCAAAGAGGUAUCAGCUUCGAUGGCGCCGACCAGGGUCUGCUGAACAUGCAUUUCCGGGACUGGCAUAGGCUAAGCUUCACGUAUAACUGCACGCCAAGUGCCAAUUACCAGUACAUCCCUGCGUACAAGCAUUUCCAGAGUACCAUCAGUCUUAUUCAUUUCAUUGGUGCUCGGAAACCGUGGAAUAUGCCGAGACAGAUUGUUCCGCUGGAGUCCCCGUACAAUCAGCUUCUAGGCCGGUGGUGGGCUGUCUAUGACAGACACUAUCGUCCCCCAUUUGUACCGAGCGCGCCCGUUGAGAUUGAAAAGACGGCGUUGGCCCAAGGCGACCAAGUGCAUGCCCCUCGUCAUGACGAUACCCCUCGUUAUGACAGCACCAUUCCUCAUGAAACACAGCCGACGUCUGAACGGCAGCCCGACCAUAUUGAAGAAACCGCGAGCUUUCACGAAGAAUCACACCAAGCACCGCCAGUCGAGCACGGCCAUUCAGAACCGCAUCACGACCAUUCUGCUCCUGCUAUUGUACGCCAUGCUGCUCUGCCUGUAUUGAGCAUGGUACCGCAGUAUGUUCGCGGAGAGGAGCAUGUCUCAACAUUUAUCUCGCCAUUGCCUCCUGUGCCAAUCACUUUUGCGCCUCAAGUUAGCCACGAAGCACAUGAGACGCAGAUACAAACGCAGGCACAGACGCAGACCCCGACGCAGACCAAAAUCCAGACACCGUUGCCGACACAGAUACAGGCACAGAUACACUACCCCGAUGGCCAUAUUCACCAACCACAGCCCCUGGUGCCGAUCCCUCCUCCAAUUAUCGAAUACCAAUCACCCCCCUCUCCAGUCCCAGAGGUUUCGACCUUUGAGGCGCCAAAGUCCGAGUGGGAUCCCUCACGUGAGCCACCUCCGGUCAACACGAAACCCGAAGGUUUCAGUUUAGAACAGAGAACCUACAAUAUGUCCGAAGACACGCAUCUAUUCCAACCCCCGUCGUCCUACCCUGAGGCACCGAAAAAUAUGUGGUAUGAGGUUCCAGCCAAACCGGAGCCUAAACCUGCCACGGUGUUCCCCUGGGAGCGCCAUGCUCCGAAACCAACCCGCAUCUUCGCCGAAGAAGCACCUGUGGAGUUGGUGGAAGCUCCCGUGGUACCCGAGGAACCGAAGCGACAUUCAGUUCCAAGCGAGCCAGCCUCUCCUGGACCCUCACCUUCCUACACUCGGGUACCGUUCGAACCCAGUGCCGAAUCAUGGCAAGCAUACAGCCGCUCCAACGCCUGGGAUGAGGAUCCAGAAAUCCAGCGCUAUAUUGAAAAGAUCCAAGCACGGCGCACAAAAUCACAAGCGACCAGUCCGGGGGUCCACUCCAAUAGCCCGGGGAAAUCACCCCCCACCCCAGGAUUCCGGCCUAGCACCAAGAUUACCGACUUCCCAACAGAAGUCGAGCGCCCCAGUCUGCCGGUAACACCGGCACCAAUCCACCGCACUAGCUACGGGGAUGAGGCCUCCGGUACAGCCGCCCUGCCUGCUGCGGAGGGCGUGCCUAGCCAGGAGGAAUGGGUGGGUGUCACGGUUGAUGUAUUCUCUUCUCUCCUCAACGCAACGUACUUAUUGUGGCGGUCUACAGAAUCCCCUGGCUCAGCUCGAGGAGCUGCAUCGUCGGCACUCGGAGGUUUUGGAGCAUCCCGAGCUGCUGUUUAG